GUCGUAUUUAUGAUCCGGUUUCUAAAUCCACCCCUUUCAAAGGACACAACCACCUCACCUUCUUUUGACAUAUUUCCGUCUAAUUACCCCAGCAAUGCUGGCACAAGCCACCCCGGACUCCGACGACAACACCCAUGUACACACAUGCAUAACCUGCACCCACGAUGCAUGUUCAUGCCCCUCCAUACAGCUACACCGCCUUCAAGCCCAGUCCAACCCCCCCGAUAAACCCAGCGCAGAAAGACGUGGCCAUCUCCGUUCCAUUGAUUCCUCUCCCGUAUGUGGCAGUCGGCAUGAUACUAGUAUGGCAACGGAAACCGACAAGACCGGAGCGAGGGCGUCCGUUUACGCCGCCAGCCCCGUGCAUCCCCAAAGGGCCGAGACGUCGUUCCGUCGGAGUGCCACGACGAUCCUGAGGCUCCAUAGCCGCCGCGAUGGAUUGCUCCCCCUGGCCCACUUCCCGGGGUGCUGUUCAAGUGAUGAUGGCACACGUCACGGGUCGGAAAUCGAAGUUGACGCGAGCUGAGACCCCGAGUAUCACCGUGUUGAUGCUCGGGGGUUGGUGUUUUUACGUUGCUCAACGCAGCCAAUGAUAGCUUAGCGCUUCGCUAAUGGGGGGAUCCAGAAAGGCGGUCUCAGGUCACUGUUUUUAUUCGUCGGCGAGCUGGCCACUGGGAAGCAAUCCGUGUGGGGAGGCCCAUCCAGAAUCAAGGGUGGUGGAUAUGGAUUGUUACUGGAUGGCCCC